AUGUACGAAAACGCUGAUAUUCCGAUUUCAACACCAUCGCGAACUAUCUAUCAAUAUGAAACAAUUGCUUCACCUUUUCGAACAUUCUAUCAAAACACCAGCCAACAGCCUGCUUAUGUUUCAUUCGAAUCGAUCCCGCCAUCGAUUGAUAAAGACAAUUCGUUGACACCACCAUUCCAGAAGAAACUACCGAUCAUUCCUGUGAUUAUUCUCGGUUUUUGUGAAAUCCUCGGUGGAUUGAUUGUUCUCACACUUGAAGUACUUGUCUUCGAUCUUGCUGUUGGACUCUGGUGUGGAUUUAUCUAUGCACUCGCUGGCAUUGCUGCUCUUGUACUUGCAAUCGGAACCGAUCGUGAACGUCAUCAAGCAACAGCUGUCUUGAUUUUUCAAUUAGUUGCAUUGAUGUUUUCGAUUACGGAGAUCAUCCUGCAUGCUGAUUUCUAUCGAAAACGUUGUUUAACAAAACCUCAUGAACCAUCACGUGAAGCAUUCUAUCAGUGUCAAAUUCUUCUCAUUCAAAUCGGUGUGGCAGCAUUUGUUUUGAUUCAUACAAUUGUAUUUGCGGUGAUAUAUUUUCGCACAACAAUCGUUGUGCUUAAACAACCACAUGGAACGUUCAAUCUAUCGAAUGCGAUCAAUUUCACUUGUUAA